GCAAGCGAGAGGGCUGCGGGGGGGAUGCAACAGGCUCAGUGCACAACUGCACAGAUGUUCUGUGCGGGGUCAGCUAGUAUAUAUAUAUUUCUUGUUUAAAUGUUUUUGGUUGUCUUAUUAUGUGUGUUUUAUUUAAUGUAAACCUCCCUGAGCCGCUUUAGGAAGGGCAGUAUAUAAACUGAAGGAUGGAAGGAAGAGUACCUUCAGAAUUAGGAAGUCACUCUCCAGAAUUUGCCAGGAGUUGUUCCUCCCAGCUCUGGCUUCAGAACCUUCAGUGAAUCCACAAUAAGCUCCCUUAGUUGAAUUUACCUUGCUAUGGAGCCUUCAGAGGCUAAUAAAUUGGAAAUACUGGGUCAUUACCCACCCCCCACUGCCCUGCAAAAAACAAAAAAAUCCACAGGAUUAUACUUCAGCAUAUCUCAUUUACCCACCCCACCCCACCCCCCAAAAUGUAGAAGGACUUUUUCAAAAUGUUGCCAACAGUUGUUUUCUAGAGUUUAAGCAUCCACGUGUAAACAACAACAACAACUUGCAUCUUAGCCUUUUUGUACCAGAUCUGCACCAGAUUUAGAGAUGAGUUCUCUCUGUGUCAACUAGUUGAUGUCUGCAAAGAACAGUCAAAGCAGAUUUGACAGACUGGUUUAGUUUUAUGACCUAUUAGAAUCAUGUUCAGAGUUUGUAAAUGUAACUCCUCAUCUUAACUACUUAGUAUAACAUUGUGAUGAUCGUUUUCAAUGACUCUUUUGUUUAUCCCUUCAAAAUGGUGGCUAACAUUUCUUUCCUGUUUCUGGGGCCAAAUCCCCAUAGAUGCGAGAAUCUUGAAACCAGAACUAAAAGUUGAAGGCUCCACCCUACAUCAUGUUGCAGUGCUGCAGAAAUUAUGUCUGUGCUAUUUUUCCACACCAUGCGGUACAAACCCCAGGACCCCAGAAAUCCCAACAAUGACCGCUUUGUUCUCUCUAAGGGUCAUGCAGCACCAAUCUUAUAUGCUGUUUGGUCUGAGGCAGGCUUCAUCCAUGAAUCAGAAUUGUUAAAUCUGAGAAAAAUUGAUUCCAUUCUGGAAGGUCACCCUGUGCCAAAACAAGCAUUCACUGAUGUAGCUACUGGAUCACUUGGUCAAGGGCUGGGUGCUGCCUGUGGUAUGGCCUAUACUGGGAAAUACUUUGAUAGAGCCAGCUACCGAGUUUAUUGUCUCCUUGGAGAUGGAGAAUUGUCUGAAGGCUCAGUUUGGGAGGCAAUGGCCUUUGCUGGGUUCUACAAGCUGGAUAAUUUGGUUGCUAUUCUUGACAUUAACCGACUUGGACAAAGUGACCCUGCUCCUCUGCAGCAUCAUGUGGAAAUCUACCAAAAACGUUGUGAAGCCUUUGGCUGGCAUGCUAUCAUUGUUGACGGGCACAGCGUGGAGGAACUUUGUAAGGCCUUUGGCCAGGCCAAGCAUCAACCAACUGCAAUUAUUGCCAAGACUUUUAAAGGCAAAGGAAUAACAGGUGUUGAGGAUAAGGAAAACUGGCAUGGCAAGCCUCUUCCCAAAAACAUGGCUGAGCAAGUCAUUCAGGAGAUUGAUGACCGAAUCCAGAACAAGAAAAGGCUUUCUCCAGCCCUCCCACAAGAGGAUGCACCAGCAGUUAAUAUCAGAAAUGUUAAAAUGCCAUCUCCACCAAACUACAAGAUGGGAGAGAAGUUUGCUACCCGCAAAGCUUAUGGGUUGGCUCUUGCAAAACUGGGCCAUGCCUGUGACCGUGUGGUUGCUUUGGAUGGGGAUACAAAAAAUUCCACAUUCUCUGAACUGUUCAAAAAAGAACACCCCAGCCGUUUCAUUGAAUGCUACAUUGCUGAACAAAACAUGGUGAGCGUUGCAGUUGGUUGUGCCACCCGUGACAGAAACAUUGCCUUUGCUAGUGCUUUUGCCACAUUUUUCACCAGGGCCUAUGAUCAGAUCCGGAUGGCAGCCAUUUCUGAGAGCAACAUCAAUCUCUGUGGAUCUCACUGUGGUGUAUCAAUUGGUGAAGAUGGACCUUCACAGAUGGCUCUGGAAGAUCUUGCCAUGUUCCGUGCCAUUCCAAAUUCAACAGUCUUUUACCCUAGUGAUGCUGUUGCCACUGAAAAGGCAGUGGAAUUGGCUGCCAAUACAAAGGGCAUAUGUUUCAUAAGAACCAGUCGUCCAGAAAACACUGUGAUUUAUAGCAGCAAUGAGGACUUCCAUAUUGGACAAGCAAAAGUGGUACUAAAGAGUAAGGAUGAGCAGGUUACAGUAAUUGGGGCAGGAGUGACUCUGCAUGAAGCACUGGCUGCAGCUGAGCAACUGAGGAAAGAAAAAAUUCACAUCAGAGUGAUUGACCCAUUCACUUUAAAACCUCUGGAUAAAAAAACUAUACUUGAAAAUGCGAGAGCAACCAAAGGAAGAAUUAUCACUGUGGAAGACCAUUAUUAUGAAGGUGGCAUUGGAGAAGCUGUCUCUGCUGCUGUGGUUGGAGAGCCUGGAAUCACAGUCACUCGCUUGGCUGUGUCCCACAUACCAAGAAGUGGAAAACCAGCUGAGCUUCUUAGGAUGUUUGGCAUUGAUAAGGAUGCCAUUAUCCAGGCUGUGAAGGUGGCAGUAUCCAAAUCAAGAAAUGCAGAGUAGCUUGACCCAUUUCCCUGUUAUGUUUCACUGAGAACACUAUUUGGCAGCAAGUGGGGGAGGAAGAAGAGUACUGUAACUUUCAAACAGAUGUUAAAAAUUAUAUGCAGAGAGUUUUAAUCAAAGAGAGUUCUAAUAAAAGUAAAUGUUUUGGGAGAAAUAUAGCAUGUGAUAAUUUUGCUGAUGGGAUUUUGCUCAUGUCUCAUGCCCUUACUGGAGUUAAAGGGCAUGAGGCAUAAAACAUGUCUCUAAGUCAGUCUGUUCAGAAUAUUAGGGCCACAUUUUGCCACUGUUUUACCAAAAUGCUUUACAACUGGUCUGUCCUACCAUGACAGAUCUGAAACAGCUAGACUGCAAAAUAGUGCAGUCCAUGCACUGUGCUUCAGGGCUGCUUACCACGAUUUGACUUCAUUUUUCUCACAUCCAAACCACCCAUUGUAGCACAUUAAUUCACAUACACCAGCUAAGAUAACUACUUGUGCAGAAGUAUUUAUUGUAUUGCAUGAGAGAGAGAGGCUUCUGUAAUGAAAAUUUCAAUUCAGGUUUCACCAGAUUCAGAUCCACAUAUAUAUGUCCAUUGUGAUGACCUUCUGUUAUGAGGGGAGCUUUUUCUCCCUUUCCAGGACCAUUAUUAUUAUUACAUACAAAGUAGAGGCUUGGCAAAGUAGAGUAUGAUAUGUGGGUCCCAUGUCACAUAGACUCUUAAGAUGGUCAUGUGUUUGGGCCUUCUACUUUACCUCUGCUAUAUGGUUACUGAAUGAGUGUUGACUAUUGAGGGAGAUGAGGGAAGUGGUGGUGGCUCGUCUGCUUAGCAGAGGAGGUCAGUGAGAGGAUCUUGCUGGGGCAGGGAAGAGUGAGUGAGAGGGGUCAGUUCAAGAACCUGCCAGGAAAUGGGUAGGAGCCAGAGGGUGGGAAGAAAUUUCAAGGAGUUUGGGAGAGAUGGAAGGAAAGGCUGGUGACAAGAACUGGUGGGAAAUCAAGAGAGAGAAAGAGAUAUGGGCAUCUAAAGUAGUUUGGGUAAUGAGAGGAGGAGGAGCCAGUGCAGUGAAUUGGCAGAGGACGAGAAUGGAGGAAGAGCAGUACUGGUCAGAAGAACUGGCAGGAGAGUAAGAGGGAGAGGAAUUCAAACAAGUUUGGGUAAGGAGAGGAGGAGAAGCUGAUCCAAGGAAUCGGCAAAAGAAGAGCAGGGAUAGGAAAGAGGGGAAACCCAACAGAGUUUGGGCAGAGGAAAGAGAGGUGACUGGUCUGGAGAACUGGGAAGGGGGAGGAAAGAAGCCCGACCAAGUUUGGGUAAGGAAAGGGGGCAUAGGUCAGUCAGAAGAUCUGGCAAGUUCAGAGAUAGGGAGAGAGAAAGGGAGGCAAGAAAGGGUUCAAAGCAAAAGGAUACCAAAUGGAGGAAAUUCACUAGAGGGGAAAUGCUGCUUCGGCUAAACAGGGAGAGCAAGCUAACAGUACUGUAUUGUAGGGGCAGAUCUUAGGGUUGGGUUAUGUAAAUGACAGGGGGAUGCUGGGAACCAGGAAAUAGAAUCUGAGGAGGAGGUGGUUUCCAACCUUGAUGGGGACCACCAUGGGAGUAUGGGGGACUGUUUUAAAGCUCAGAUUGAUGGAAACAUCAAUCAGAUUGAUCAGUUCAGAUUGAUGGAAACAUCAAGGGCGGACGUGUGGCUCCAGUCAUCGGAAGGGACACCCCUUUGCUGGAUAAAUAGGCUAAAAUUAACUCUGCUUGCAUGUAUAGUCCAGGUUUUAUGAUCCAGCCAUGGCUUGUACUUUCAUUACAGGGUGAUCCACUUGCAGGCAGUUGAUUGUCAUCAUGAGACAAAAUACAUAGCAGGAGUGUUGCAUGCUUUUCUGGGGGGGUUUUGCCUGGCGGUGGAUCUCUCUCUCUCUCUCUCUCUCUCUCUCUCUCUCUCUCUCUCUCUCUCUCAUAUAUAUAUAUUCAUGAGCCCCAGUCUCUGGGUAGAUCCUAAGUAUUGGGAGCCCCUGGUAACCCUAUAGGCUAUCCAUUUUAACCUAGGGGAGGAGCUCUGCCCUCCUCACUUUCUCUAGUAAAGAAUGGGAAGUUGAAAAAAACAAACAAACCCACAAGCACACACUCCCACACAUUUACCCAAGAAGGAGAAGGGAGGGAAGGAGGAAAAAUUCAUAGUGUGUAUCCCUAUAUUUAUGCAUCUGAUGUGAAAGGAAGAGAAGCCAGGUUUUAAGUCAGGGAAAUAGGGCAUGAUGAUAAAAAAACAAAGGGUCACCGUCGCUUGCAUGAAUCACAAAGACCGUGCAGUUUAGGGGGCUUUUUGCUGGCCAGUUUUAAAAAGGCACUAAAUCAGUGCCUCUCUUAGCUUAAAAAUUAAUGAAAAUAGUCUUCAAUAGGAGACGAGAACAAUGAGUUUCAGAGGAGCAGAUGGGAUGAUGGGGUUGUCUUGGAAAUAAGUGUGGAUUUUAAGCAUUUUGGUUUGUUGACUUUGUGGCUUAGCAGGAUCUGGGAAGGGUGACUAUGUGGCUGGAAUGACCAGGCCAGGUCAGGGGUGCAAAAUAUGCAGGAUAGGAGUUUCCAUUUAGGAAAGCUUUCUUGAGGUGUUGGGAAGCCCUAUGUGAAUUCUUAUUGGAUAGGAUGCUGCAAUUGUGUGUCCUCAACUGGUUCCCAAGGCUGCUCUUCGCUUCAGUGGACUUACUUAAACACAGGUCAAGCCAGGCUGAAGACCUUUGUAUGGGCAUUAAGGGAUCCCUAACACUUCCAUUGAAAGGGGGACUGUUCUGGGACCCCUAACUCUUCCAUUGAAAGGGGGACUAUAAUUUUCUCAGUGCCUCUUCUCCCCACCUAUACUUGAGCUGCUUCUUCCCAUAUUCUCUGGUGCCUCUCUCCUGCUUACAAGAACUUUCUGCCUCUCUUCUACAUGCAGGACCACAUGUAUUUUCAGUGCAGGUGCCAAGAUAGGCCAGUAAUGCAGCAUUCUCCUUUAAACAAAACCCAGGGUCCACAUUUCCUUGUCCCUUCGUCAUGCCUGCUUGAAAUAGAUGCAUUGCUUACUGAGCUGGAAUAUUUGGAUGUACUGUAGUUCCUGACUCAGCCAGCAUGGAUUUCAAAAAAGCAGUACCUGCCGAUAAUAUGUCCUUUGGCUUUUCUGGUCUCUUUAUUAGCCUGUCCAACCAUCUAUGCUUGGAGGAAGGUGGAGCGUGUAAUCUCAAGUAUGUCUGGAAAUCACAGAGGGGUUUAAGAGAGAAGAAGAAGAAACAACAGAUUGUUGUUUAUAACUUAUUCAUUGUUUUUAUAUCCUGUUCUUCCUCUGAGGAGCUGAAAGCAGCUUACACAUUGUUUCCAGAUGGUCUCCUAUGCAGGGCCAGACCUAUUUAGCUUCAGCAUGUUUGUGCCUGUGUGAGCAAAGGGAAGGCCGAUAGGCAUGCCUCUUAUGCACAGACACUUUUUCAAUACAAUCACAAUGUCUGCCUUUUGGCAAGCCUCAUGAAUGGGUGCAUCGGAAGACAAAGGAGGGGAGAAGGCAGGAAAACCUUUCCUCGUCCCAACCUAAACAAGUUGUUCUGGUAAGAACUAACCUGCCUACUUUCACUAUAAUCUUAAUUUGUAAUUACCAUCUUCACAAGUUAGCCCAUGUAACUCAACCGGUCACAUGUCCGCCAUCCUGAGUAGGUGGAUGACAACAUUACAAACUACGUACCCUAUGUGCCACUCACUACAGCGGCACCAAAUUUGGUCCAAAUGGGUUAGGCAGUCCAAAAGUUAGCCCACUUGUGCCUCAAACGUUCACAUGUCCACCAUCUUGAAGUAGGGUGGAUAACAUCUGUAGUGUGGGUGAUAUUUGGACCCACCAGAAUCUUCUGGGUGGAUCUUGACUGGUAUACUGUUGGCACCACCUGUUCACAACUUGGAAAGGGUUUACUGACCUUUUACCCCUAGGAUUUACCAGACUGGAUCAAAGAUGAUACCACUAUAUUAGAAAAUCGUGGUUCGUUCAGCCUAGGGUUUGAGAGGCUUGGGACUGGAUGCCCUCCUUUUCCCACUGAGGACUCUGGAAACAGCACAACUCAAAAAGCUUUGUUGUUACAAUGGGAUAUGAAUUGUACAUAUGGGGAAAAUAGAAAAGAUGGCCUCAGGCUUAUCAAUACAGCCAGGCAACACGGCGGGGGAGGGGACCUAACAAAUUGCCUACAAGUACUGUCCCUACAAUACCUUUUGUCUGGUUUUCUUGGGGCUGUUAUACUCCACUGGCCUCUAAAUGACCUCCCCAGUUCAAGCUGAGCAAGGCCCCAGGGAGAGAGAGACAGAGAGGCACCUUUCCACCUUCUCUUCUCUCCUUCCCCACACCCAACUAACUCCAAACCCUUCUCCCAGACACACAAAAAGAAAUGAAACCACUCCACCUGAAAGAGAGGGAGUUAGACUGCAGCUAACCACAGGAUUUGCUGUGUGGUCUGGCAGUGAUGUCAUCUCUCCCAGCAACCAGGCCCAGACUCAGUUAACCCCUUGCUUGUUUCAUGUUGGUCCAGGCAUUGCAAAGUUGAUAGGGACACACACACACACACACACACACACACACACACACACACACAAACACACUGCCAGGUGAUCUCAAACAUUCCUUAAAGAAAGUAAGCUAAAAAGGGAAGCAGCUAUUUCUUCAUAUAACACAACUUUUUCCUCCUAUACAAAUAACUUGUUAGGGCUGGUCCUGUCUUGCACAAUGCAACCUGAUAAUAUAUACAUUUAUUCUGAAGUAAGUCCUAUUAGCUCAGUGGGUUUUAUUCUAAGCUUUUCUCCUGAUUGCACAAGAUAUCGGUGUAGCCUGUCCUAUUCCCAGUCUGUGAGCAUCUCCCAAGCUUUUUCUUACUGAAAACAAAAAGAUAAGAGGGAAGGGGAAAUGAGAAUCAAGAGAGAACUUAAGAGACAAAAGAGAAGGAAAGAAGGGAUAGGAAAAAUAAAAGGGAAAAAGUUGCCUGGCAUAAAAUGGAUUAGAUUAUCUUCCUUCCCAAGCCAUAGUUGAGGAAUGAGACGCUACUCAUCUGUUUUUACAACUCUGAUCCUUAUUAAAGCCCCAUAUUCUCAACUGCACAAAAACCUAGUCCCCACUGCACAGAUUUUCCCCAUUACACAAGAUGUGUCCAGAUGCACAUUAGAAUAGACCCUGUUCCAAAGUGUGCAUAAGCCUGAAGCCUUAGUUAAUAAGCCAUAAUGAAAGUGUCCAUACUAACUUCAAACUCAAACUGACGACCCCUUUCUGAAGGGUUUCAUUGAUCUGAACUAGACUUGAUCAUCAAAGGGCAGCUAUGACAGUUACAGGGCAGUAUUAUCCAGAUACAAAACAUGGCGUGUGUCCUACAAAAAGUCUGUGCUACUGACAUUAAUAGUGUUACAAGUUGAUACUUUGUUAAAGUAACAUAACUUUACUUCAUUUUUAAGCAGACAUUCAGAACAUGCUAUUAAUGAUUGGUUCAGUGGAACAAACAAAAAUGCAAAACAAUAGUCUUAAACUAUUUUUCUUUAUAGACUGUUGAAUUGUUUUUAUGACAUUUAAAAUACUGGGUGAUAUUAGCAAUAGCUAAUUAGUGAUUUGAAUUCAAAAUUUUAGAUAUUGUGGAUAUUUAAUUGGGAAGUACUUCUGCUAUUCCUCCAUGUUUCUGAUGCCAAGAAUAUUUCAAAGCAUUCACUCAUAUUUAGUAUGAUUUUUUUCAAAGGAAAUGGUUCAUAGAUUCCAGCUGUGUAUUUUUACAAAUCAGCAAUAUGGUAUACAAAUCUUCUAAAUAUACAAUAUAAUACACAGCUUAACUUAUGCAUGUAACCACCUUCACAUGGCGUCACAAAAUAUUGGCAAAAUUGUAAAACCUAAAGCCAUGGGUAUUGAAGAUAGGAACUUGGGCAUAGUAAAUGGGGCAGCAGCACAGGAACUUCUUUGCAGUCUUGGCCAAAUGAGAGAAGAAGAUCUGAAAGAAGUUACUGAACAUCAGCAAGUGAAAUCAGGUUCAGAUGUUGUAACACACACCUAUCCAUAGGGUUACUGCUGCUUUUCUCUGAACAAUAGAGCUGCUUUGCUUUGUUAGAUAGUUCUGCCCAGUCCUGGCCUGUGCUUACUGUGGUGUUUUUGGUUAAUUCAUGGUUAAUCCAUCCAGGCUAGCUUUUGAAUGAGGCUUUUAGUCCAGUCCUGGAGUGGAGGCUAAUAAACAAUCAGCAGCAAGAGCAUUGAAAGCAGUCUGCACUUGCCUCUCUGUGCAUAAUAUUUCAUUAAACCAUUAAUAUAUCUGAAUCUUCUCCACUGCCUUGUCCUUGUCUGCCACAAGUCUUUCCUCUGGAUUCUGCACUUACCUCACCUUUCCAAAUAUCUAAUCAAAAUGUUUGUAAUUAAAUCUUUUACCUGAGUAAAAGGUAAACCUGCAACACAUACACACAAUUUACCUUCAUUCCCUCAGAAGGCUGUUGGUCGAGAGGGUGAAGGUAAACCCUCUGCAUAAAGGUUUGUAUUCCACAAGAUGGAUAAUGAAGCACCUCCUAGGCUUCUCUGCAGUUUCAGGUCUCAGUCUCCAAGGGCUGGCCCUAUAGCUGUCAGCAAGCAGCCACCCUCUUCUCUGUCCAGUCUCCUAGUCUGUCCCUUCUCUCUAAUUAUGCUGAUCAGAGGUAAUGGUAUUUAGCAUAUGCCCAGAGUCAAACAUUAACAAAUCCUUCUUAAAGGUUGCUGUAAGGCUGCUCCCCACCCCUUUCACUGUGUUAGCAGGGAUAUGGGAUAAGUGGCGUGGGGGGGUGGAGUUGUGGGCCCGGCCCAGGAGACUGGCAUGCGGGCUGCCAUUUUUGGUCCCACCACAUGACACCAGCAGGUCAAUCGUGCAAAGAGUGGCUGCAUAAGCAUUUGGCUCUGUUACUCUGUCUUUUGGCAGCCACCCUCCCGCCCGUGGACUCAGUGAGGCAUAAUCUGGUCACCAUUGGAGCCAAGUAGGAAUUUUUUUGGUCUCAACUAAUUAGCUAACGUUGGGGUCUUUUUUCACCUACUUCUCACUGAUUUUGUUAAGGCAGUCCUUGGAGUUAAUUGGUCACUUUGCAGAUAAGUCGGGGUAGGUUAAUUUCCAUUGGUGAAGGGCCGCUAUGGGGAGUGGGAAUACAGAGGAAGGCUUGGUGAUCUUGCAACUCUAAGGCUGGAUCUGCUCCCACUUGGAUGCAUCCCAGCGAAUGCCGCUCAGUGCCUCGCAGCCUGGGUUGAGGUGGGCUGGCUGGCAUACAUCCCCUCGAUGGGGGUAACCUCGGGGUAGAGAAGAGGUUUGGACUGGGAACUGAGCCGAAUCAAAGCCUGGUCCUUCACCCUCCUGUGGGCAUAUCUCUUAUGAGAUUGACCCACAUAGGGGAUACCCACACUUUAGUUAAGAUUCCUCAUUGCAUGUUUUGUAAAUAUUCAAUAAAGCGCCCCAAGUUUUUCCAACUACACAUAUUCUUUCAUUAUUUGGGCCUGGGUUUGCAACACUAAUUCCCAGCUUUUGCUGUUGCCGCCAGCUUCCAUUUGCAUGGACGAACCCAGCUAGCCAAAUUGUGUUUCCAUGGUUAUAAUUUUGUAUCUCAGACUGGACAUCGGAUCUCAUGCCAUCAUGUUCUGAACAUUAUGGGCCAUCAAAUUUACUUGAUUUGGGGGGCUGAGUUGGAGCUGCCACACCCAAAACUAUCCCUGUAAACCUCCCCCUUUAAAUGAAUUUACUAGUUUUUUAAAAUGGAGUGUGCCAUAUGUGCCACACUCUCGAUGAGUUUUCAGAACAAGGAAAGUGAAAAAUACUAUUCUAGUUUUGCCAGGCAUAAUAAACAGGCAGACAUUAGUGCUUAGGUUUAAAACAAGCCAUAACUUUAUUUAACCAGGAUGGGAAACGUAACAGACAUGGUGGAAACAUUUUUAUAGUUGAAGCAUUACUUGCUUCAGUUCUGGCUGCCACACAACUAACGUACAGGCAGAAUAUCAACAGUGGGGAUGUGCAAACAGGUUCAUUUCUGAACCUGUUUGACAUUGAACCAGUUCGGUUCAAUGGUUUGAUAUUAGACUGCCCCCCCAGGUUCAGUUAGAUAUCAGACCAACCCCCCCCCCCUUUCUGGCCUCUUUGGGGGUGGUUCUAAGUAAAAAAAAACAAAACUUAAAAUUUACUCCUCCAAGGCCAUGCAGAGGCCCAUUUGGCAUGCACAGCAGCCUCCAACAUGGCCACUGCUACAGGGGUGAGGCCGGAACAGGCCAAAGACCACCCGAACCGGGUGAUCUGAGCAUUAAUGGAGGCCAGCAGGGGGAAGGGAACCCCCACGGCCUUGGAGAAGACCCCUGGAGGGAGGGAGUAAAUUAAAAUAUAUAUUUUUUAAAACCCACAAACCCUCCGCCCCAACCAAACCAAACUGGACAUACUGCAGCAAUUAUUUAGAGUAUGUAUGUACCGUGUGUGCGUGUGUGUGUGUACUCACACGUAUGUAUGUAUGUUUGUAUGUAAAAAACUUCUCUCCGGACCUUUUGUAUUGCGUAAGCUGAAACGUAAAAAGGGAACUGCAACAAAGAGCAGACGUUUCAACGUAUAUACGUCAGCUUCAGUGUUCUAUGUCCCACUGUUUAAAAUCUACACUCUUAUAUCCACGACUGUACGUAUGUAUUCAUAUACAAAAAGUUCUCAAAGUGAUUUAUCUUCUCCCAAAGGUUUCACAACCUAAGGACUGACAAGGGAGACACCAGCAACCGCGACUAGAUAGAUGGUAUGAGGUGCUGCUUAUGAACAGUUGCUCUCCCCCAACCUCUAAAUAUGAAAGCCACCACUUGAAAAUGUGCUUCUUGCCGUUAGCAGCAGCAAUGGCAGAGGUGCUGUGUAGAGACCACUUUAAAGUUGCUCCAAAUGGCAGCUUUCAUCAUAUAGUGAGCUGUUUGAAUAACUAUGUUGGCUGAGAAAAUUGUUUGUUAUAUUGUUAAAUUGUUUGUUAUAUUGUUAAAGAAUGACAGAGGUAGUGGUGCAGAGACAUACAUUCAAUCAUCAUGAGGACAGAAUUUUUCUCACACAGUUCUGUAGCUGAGCCACAACAUAUUUCAAUAGGAAGAAAGUAACCAAGGAGGCACAGUUCUUCCUUCCCAAUUAAAUAAUAAUAAUUCACAUUUGUACUAUUAAGCACAUUUCUUUAGAUUAGCCAUAAUAGCCCUCAUGACACUUUGUUACUAAUAAAACAAAAAUAACACAGAAAUAAGAUUUGUUCAGCUGUCUUGUAAUCUUCCCUUUACACAAUCUUUUUGAAACCUAUAUGAUGAAAAAGAAGAAGAAAUAAUUUUUAAAUUAAGCAAAGGCUUCCAGAAAUAUGAUCAAGAAUGGUUCUAAUUAUUACUAACAUGCCACUUAAGUACACAUUGAAGGCAUGAAAAGUCAUUUUUUUUACUAUUCCACAUUUUUUACUAAUCUUUAUCAUAACUGAUUCUAGUUAAGCAAAACUUAGAUUAGUACAUUAGAGAUAAGUCCUAUUCAGACAUACACGCACAUAGAAAUGUUUGAAUAUGUGUCUAUGUUUAUCUAUGAAUGACUGUAAUGCAUUCUCUUUAAAAGUGAACCUGGGUACAGAACACCUCAAAAACAGGGUACAAAAUAGGAAGUAUGUCUGUAGAUGGGCACACUGUACAAAGAAGCCCUUCUUGUGAUAUCAAGCAUAAAUUCUCCCCUCUGUUAAGCAGGGUCUGUCCUGGUUUGCAUUUGAAUGGGAAAUACAUAUCUGAGCACUGUAAAAUAUUCCCCCUAGGGGAUGGGGCUGCUCUGAGAAAUGCAGCUGCAUGCUUAAGGUUCCAAGUUCCCUUCCUGGCAUCUCCAAGGUAGGGCUGAGAGAGACUCCUGCCUGCAACCUUGGAGACAGCACUGCCAGUCUGUGUAAACAAUAUUGAGCUAGAUGGACCAAUGGUCUGACUCAGUAUAAGGCAGCUUCCUAUGUUGGGUAUUUUAAACAGUGGGAUGCUAUGCUCAUGUACAACAUCUUAAAAGUGUGCCCACAAGACCUCCCCCACAACUGAUGUGCUCAGAAGCAAAACCCCACCCACCUGCUGUACACAUUACCAUGGUUUGCAAAGACAAAUGCUGUAACCAUAAACAGAUUAUUCCAACGAGAGGAAGACCAGGGCACCCCAACAAAGGAGGUGACGAUGGCAGGAGCAGGUACAUGGGGUGAUACCCAUGGCAAGGGGGGUGGGAUGGGGUGCCUACACUUGCUGCCCAUGAUGCACUUGCCACUCGAGGCCAUCACUUCACUCAGCCUCAUGGGAGAGUUGCCCAAAUUAAAUCUAAAUGCUAAGCUCCAAAGGUAUCACAGCAUUUAAGUUUUCUAGACCUCUUUAAUACCUAAAAUAGAAUAAAACAACCAACCAACAACAGAUCUUCAAAAAUUGAUCAAAUGUGCUUCAGUGGCCAAACACCAUUAUCAAUGCUCUAUUUCAAGCAGCUGGAAACAUUCAAGAUUAAAUUCAGUAGCUACAGCUGAAGUAACCAAUCCAAUAACAGGAGAAAGAAAGGAAGUGGAAAUGAAUGGCUCUCCAAAUUUAACCAUUUGACUAUUGGCCAAUACAUUUCAUUGACUUUCUCAUUUCCUCCUUAACAUUAAUGGACAGAUGUAACUGUUCAAUAUACAUAGCCUCUUUGAGCUUAGAUUUUACAGUAUUUCUUUUAGUAGCCAGAACAAACAACUUGGGGGGGGGGGACUGCUAGUGUUUGUUAGUGUUGACUGUUGUACAGAGAACUACAGAGGUUUCAAUGGGAGAGCAGGUGGAGGCUUCAAGGAAAAAAGCUGAAGAAUUAGUUAGAAGGAAUGGUUAUAAACUCCCAAUGGAUCAACCUAGGAAAAAUAAAUUUGAGGAAGGGCUACCUGUACUUAAAGUUACUUACGUUACUGAUAGAUUUAUGUGGCAAACACAGAAGAUUCUGAGGAAGGGUUGUGUGGUAUGUGAGACGGAAGAGGGCUGGUGCCAGGUUAUGGAAAUAGUAUACAAGACUGUAUGUUUGGAAUGUGUGGAAUUUUAUAUUGGGGAGACAGGGAGACCUCUAUUAAAAAGGUAUAAAGAACAUUUUUUAAAUUUAACAUAUUUGUAUACUGCCCAAAACACAAGUCUCUGGGCGGUUUACAACAAAACAAUAAAAACAACAAAGUUUCUGGUAUAUAGUUUCUGGCUAUAACAGAGAUAAAACUCAGGUUAUGACAUGGAAUAUUUCAGAAGAAGAGAUAGAAUACUUUUGAAAAGUUUUAAGAUUACAAGUAACGAAGAAGCCAAUAAAAUAUUUGGGGAUUAAUCUUACGAGGAGCAAUAAAGAUCUGUUGAAGAAUAACUAUGUUCCAAUUUGGAAAUCAAUUAUGGCUGAUCUAGAUACAGUAGAUGGAAGAAGCUGACCUUAUCUUGGCUUGGGAGAAUCUCUGCAGUAAAAAUGAACGUAUUACCUAAGAUGAACUUUCUUUUUCAAAUGAUCCCUAUAAAGAGAGACGACAAGAUAUUGAAUAAAUGGCAGAGUCGGCUCAAUUCAUUUAUUUGGAAUUAUUAAAAAACCCAGGAUUCGAUUUAAGGUGAUGCAAGAUUCUAAAGAAAGAGGUGGUCUUGGAGUUCCUAACUUGAAACUUUAUUAUCAUGCUAGUAGCUUGACUUGGAUUUCGAAUUGGAUUUUAUCCCCAUACGGAAGUUUUACCCGAAUGGAGGAACUUGGUCUUACCAGAGGUUUGCAUAAUUACUUAUGGAUUUCUGGUUCGAGAAAAGAUCUGGAGAUACAACAACAUACUAUUCGACAUAGGCUUUUUUAUGUCUGGGAUAGAUACCAGAAAAGAAUAAGUCCUAGAUUAUCAUCUUUAGCCUCAAUACUGAAUGUUUAUUUCCAUGAAGAAGAAUUUUCUUCAAAGUAUAACUUUUGGCGAGGCAGUCUAUACUCCUUACAAAGUUUGGCCCAAUAUUUAGCUCUGGACAAAUCAGUUUCUUCCGGGCAAUCAACUCAACAAGCAUCCUGGCUUCAACAAGCUCAGAUCAGCUCAAUAGUUCAGAAAGAGUUACAGUUACAGGGUGGGAAACUUAGAGAUUUGACUGAAUUUGAAGAAUUAAUCACCUGAAACACUGAUCAUUUAUUAGGCAGAAUUUAUAAGCUAUUACUGAAGUAUGAAACCAAGACUGAGCAGAUAAAAGAAUGUAUGAUAAAAUGGAUGCAGAACUUUAAAAGAUUGAUCGAUCUCUCUGAUUGGGAAUACCAAUGGAAAAAGAAUGUGAAAUUUACUUUGUGUACCAAUCUAAGGGAAAAUUGGUAUAAGAUGUUCUUUAGAUGGUAUAUAACUCCUUUGACUAUUAACAAAAUAGAUUAUUCUUUCUCCAAGAAAUGUUGGAAAUGUAAUUCACACUUAGGUUCAUUCUACCAUAUGUGGUGGAGUUGCAAUAAAGCUCAACAGUUUUGGAAACAAAUUCAUAUGAAAAUUGAACAAAUCUUAGAAGUUAAGAUUCUCUUUCUUCCAGAAAUUUUUCUUUUAAGAAUGAUAAAACCUUAUAUUCCUGCUAAAUCAAACAAAUUGUGUUUAUAUAUGAUUACAGCGGCCAGGAUUAUAUAUGCAUCUAAUUGGUGUAUUUUGGAAAUCCCUUCCUUAAACGAUUGGUUUUUGAAAGUGUGGGAUUAUGCUUCAAUUUCGAAAGUCUCCGCUUAUGUACAUGGCAUGUCUACUGAAUCAUUCAUGUCUGUCUGGGAACCUUUUAUAAAUUACAAUAUCCGUUAUGGUCAAACUUUGUUCCCAUUUUCUGGAUUUGACUUAUAGUGUUUUUGAUAUGUAACUUACAAGAAGCUGAUCAGAUUAGAUUUUACAGUUCUAAGAGUCUGGAUUUCUUUUGCUUUAUCUUGUUCUAGAUACUUUUUAUGUAAUUAAUUAGAAAAAUGGUUUUUCAUCAUGAAGAAUGAUUGGUUUUAAAUUGUUUUUAUGGUGAUUUGUCUUUGUCCUUUUUGGUCUAUUUCUUAAUAAAAAUUCUUAUUUUAAAAAAAUAAAAACAACAAAUAAAAAGGUUGAAACAUUACAACCAUUUAAAAUUUAAAAGGUUAAAACUAUUAAAAAUCAAACAAUUAAAACAGUAUCUAAUUAAAAGCCUGGGUAACAAAUGUGUCUUGACUGCCUUUUUAAAAGUUGUAAGAGAUGGAGAGGCUCUUAUUUCAGUAGGAAGCGUGUUCCAAAGCCUCAAGGCAGCAAUGAAGAAGGCCCGUCCCCAAGUAGCCACUAGACGAUCUGGUGGCAACUGCAGACAAACCUCUCCUGAUGAUCUCAAUGUGGGUCAUAGCGAAGAGGACGUUCUCUUAAAUACCCAGGGCACAAGCUGUUUAGGGCUUGAUAGGUUAUAACUAGCACCUUGUGUUUUGCCUGGAAACUUAUUGGCAGCCAGUGUAGCUCUUUCAAUACAGGAGUUAUAUGGUCUCUCCGAAAUGACUCAGAGACCAACCUGACUGCUGCAUUCUGUACCAACUGCAGUUUCCGGACUACAUACAAAGGCAGCCCCACAUAGAGCACAUUUUAGUAGUCAAGUCUGGAGGUGACCAGCAGAUGUAUUACUGUUCUGGGGUCAUUUAUCCUGAGAAAUGGACACAGCUGGUGUAUCGGCCAAAGCUGAUAAAAUGCACCUCUGGCCACUGCCUCAACCUGGGACACCAGGGAGAGAUGUGUGUCCAGAAGCACCCCCAGACUGUGUACUUGUUCCUUCUGGGGAAGUGUGACCCCAUCCAGGACUGGCAGAUCAAAAUCAUUUCCCAAGUUAUGACCCCACAUAACUUAUCUUACCUAUCAAGAUAAGUACCUCUGUCUUAUCUUGAUUCAGCCUCAGUUUGUUAUCUCUCAUCCAGCCCAUCACUACUUCAAGGCAGGCAUUUAGGGAGGUUAUGCCUUAUCCCAAUGAUGCUGACAUGGAGAAAAAGAUUUGGGUGUCAUCAGCAUACUGCACCAAAUCUCCUGAUGAUCUCUAUCUCUCCCAGCGGUUUCAUGUAGAUGUUAAAGCAUGGUGUAGUGGUUAGCGUGCUGGACUAGGACCGAGGAGACCCAGGUUCAAAUCCCCAUUCAGCCAUGAUAUUUGCUGGGUGACUCUGGGCCAGUCACUUUUCUCUCAGCCUAACCUAUUUCACAAGGUUGUUGUGAGGAGCAACUAUGUAUGUAGGAUAAAGUAUGUAGUACACUGCUCUGGGCUCCUUGGAGGAAGAAUGGGAUAUAAAAUGUAAAAUAAAAUUAAACAAACAAACAAACAAACAAACAUCAGAGACCAUGAAGAGCCCUGAGGGACACCAUACCGAAGUUCAGAUUUUGAAAAACAACAGUCCCCGAGGGUCACCAUCUGGAAUCUGCCUGAGAGGUAAGGGUGGAACCACUGCAAAGGAGUGCCUCCCACCCCCAAUCCCCUCAGACGCUCCAGAAGGAUACUAUGGUCGAUAGUAUCGAAAGCUGCUGAGGGGUCCAGAAGGACCAACAGAGUCACACUUCCUCUGUCAAUUCCCAGUUGGAGAUCAUCCAUCAGGCCAACCAAGGCAGUCUCCACCACACAGCCCACCCCAAAGCCAGUCUGAAAUGGGUCUAGAUAAUUUAGCAGACAUGCAAUGUAAUGCCUGUUGAAAUAAGAGCCUCCCCAUCUCUGGGAACUUUUUAAAAGGCACUGAAGAAACAUUUAUUCACCCAGGCUUUUAAUUAGAUUUAUAGGUUCAAUAUUUUUAAUAUUGGGUUGUAAAUGUUUUAAAUGAUUUUAAUUGUUAAUUGAUUUAAUAUUUUAAAUGAUUUUAAUUGUAAACCACCCAGAGACACAAGUUUUGGGUAAUAUAGAAAUAUUUUAAAUAAAUAAAUAUAAAUAAAUGUAAUAAAGAUUGACUGAAGCCCUGGGCAAAACAUAUGAGAGAAGAAUUGCACAAAGUUUAUUCUGGCUAUGGAAGGGAAUAUAGUGAAAUAUAAGAGCAAAGAUGCUACGCAUACCGAAUAAUUACAUCCAUUCAUUAAUGUUAAGGAGGAAAUGAGAGAAGCGAUGAAAUUUGUUGGCCAAUAAAGAGUGAAUGAAGGAUUAAUUUUGGAGAGCCACCCAUUUCCCCCUCCUUCCUUUCUCCUGUCCUUGGAUUGGUUACUUCAGCUGUAGUUACUGCAUUUAAUCUUGAGUCGGGAUGUGUACAAAUAACAAUUUGACACAUGAUUCGAAAGACAUCCCCGGCAUCUUUUAAAUGGACUUCAUGUGCCGGCAGUGCUCUCCCCCAGUUGCCCUCACACAACGCUGGGACACACAUGACCUCUGUGCAUACACACGGUGGCCAUUUGCCUGGUCAGCAACCCUGCUGUCCAUGCGAAUGGCUGCCACACAUGUAUGGAGACCAUGUGUGUACUAGCCUCGCACGAGGGCAGCUGGGUGAGAGUGCCGCUAGUGCACAAAGAUAGCUCGGAGGAGUGCCUCUGAUUCAGGAAGUGGGGGCGAGUGGCAGAGGCACCUCCUCUCCUCCAUUUUAAAGGUGCUGGGGAUGUUCUUUGCACAUCAUGAUUUGUACACAUCCCUAAUCUUAUGUGUUUUCAGCUGCUUGAAAUAGAUCAUUGAUAAUGGUGUUUGGACACUGAAAUGCACUGCUCAGUUUUGGAGGAUCUGUCUUUUAUUAUAUUUUAUGCAUUAAAGAGGCCUAAAAAAACUUUCUUGAAGAAUAGUGUAUGUGUAUAUAAUCACCAUUAUACCAUCUUACAGCAUUUAUAAAAAGAGAAGAAAAUGGUGGUCUUACCAGGUAUUUUGAAUAAUGGAGUUAGAUGCAUAAAACUUUUCAGGAUAUUGCAAAUGCGUUGCACUACCGAAAACAAAAGGCAAAACCCAUAACUUCAGGGUCACACACACACACACACACACACACACGUAGCGGGCAAUGUAAUAUCCCACCGUAAGCAUGUUACAGCUUCAGUUCUAAAAAAGUACUAUUUCAAUAAUAUUGAUUUAAAUUUUUACUUAUGUUAUUGUAUUUUAUUGUUCUAUGCUGUAGUGUUUAUUUGGUCAUUGACCGUAAAUAAAUGAAUUCAGUUCAAUUCAA